GCCCUUACUGGGAAGACAUGGAGCGCUAUGGACACAGUCUACACGAAUGAAGUAGGAAUCUCAACUAGAGACACUUAUAUUUCUCCAGUGAGUGAAACAAACGUUUUGAGAGACUGAGAGCAAAGAAAGGGUGGCCCGGUUGAGGAUGGAGUGUGCAUUUGACGCACAGAAUCUGAUCUCCAUUUCUUUGAGGAAAAUCCAAAGCUCCAGGACGCAGAGAGGAGGCAUCAAGCUCCACAAGAACUUACUGGUAACGUACGUACUGAGAAAUGCCAGGCAGUUUUAUAUGAGCAAAAACUUAUCGCAAACGCAGAGGACGCACCACUAUGAGGACGUAGCUGCAGUCCGUGGUCGGCACGAAUAUCUUGAAUUGACUGGGAGCUUAACGGAGUUGGCUGAUGACUUCUACUGCAACUUUACCGGGGUUGAGUCGGACACUUGGCACUGCGGAGCGCACCAGUCCAUCGGGCAGCCUGCAGAGGUGGCGCACCAAGACGCAUCUGCCUGCGCAAUGGUUCCACAAAGUGACUCUGAACUGAUGGUGUCGGAAGCCUGUUGGAGUUGUGCGGACAAAUCCUCGUGGGACUUACCUGUCCUAAACGCACAAGCCAACCAAAAGACUGUCCUGGACUUGGACACGCAUGUAGUGACUACUGUCACGAAUGGAUACUUUCACUCAGACUGUUGCGCGCAGUCAAAACAGCCGCAGGGCGCGCAGUGCUACAGUAAAAAGCGAAAGAUGGACACAAGUUAUUAUGUUGUUGAUCCAGAGUUUUACUUGCCAGACUUUGGGCCAUGGCCAUGUAAAAGGAUGAGGACUGAUGAUGAUUCACCUUCAGAACCGGAGCAGUUGGACAGCUCAAACAUCUCCAACCUGAUUUCAGUGUUGGGCUCAGGUGGACUAUCUGAGUUUGUGAGUUGGCAGCAGACGGACCUUGAGCAAAUAAUUGCUGCUCAAACUAUUUGUUUAAAACACACACUGUUAACAGGCAGCAGCUGGACCAGAGCUAUUGAAGCAUUUUGAUUUGAAAGAUUGUUUUUCUUUGUACCGUUUUAUUUCAUUGCCUUUAAAUAAACCAUGACACGACUGCAAUUCA